UGAUUAGCUGUCUACAGAGGUUGUAACCAUCCAUACCUCCAUCAAAUGACUGUACUUCCAUCUUCUCUGAUUCCAUCUCUGCGGCCGACAUGAGGAUAUAAGGUAUGGCAACAAUGUCCAGACUGAGAGCGGUUCUGAUAGACCUCAGUGGGACCAUACACAUAGAGGAUGCUGCCAUACCAGGGGCAGUAGCUGCAUUACAACGUCUACGAGAGAGAACUACAAACAUCAAGUUUGUAACCAAUACCACAAAGGAGAGCAUGACCACGCUUCGAAAUCGUCUCUCAAGGAUUGGGUUUGAUAUCAAACAGAAUGAGAUCUUCUCUUCUCUUACUGCUGCACGAAACAAGGUCCAGGAAAUGGGCUGUAGACCAAUGCUGCUACUCCAAGAUAGCGCAAAGGAAGACUUCAAAGAUAUCUGUACAGAUGAUCCAAACUGUGUUGUAGUGGGUCUAUCUCCGGACAGUUUCAACUACAGAACAUUAAACCAAGCAUUCAGAUUAAUCCUUGAUGGCCAUCCCCUUAUCGCGAUUCACAAGGCCAAGUAUUUCAAGAGGCAAGAUGGACUAGCCCUUGGACCAGGAGCGUUUGUGGAAGGGUUGGAGUACGCGACAGGGGUCAGGGCUACGGUGGUGGGCAAACCAGAGAGGGCGUUCUACCAAGAGGCUCUGAAGACGAUGUCCUGUGUACCUGAAGAGGCAGUGAUGAUUGGAGAUGAUGUGGAAGGUGAUGUACAAGGAGCACAGACAAUCGGCAUGAAAGGCUUCCUUGUGAAAACAGGGAAGUAUAGACUUGGUGAUGAAGAGAAGAUAUCUCCACCUCCAGAGGCGAUAUGUGAGGACUUUCCUGCUGCUGUUGAGCUUUUGCUGAAGGAAUACUUAUGACAGGAUACCACAUGAAGUGAAUUAGUGAUUCAUGUAUACAUUUUCAUCAUGCUUAUUACGGUAUAACUUAUUGUGCAAUCUCUAGUACUUGCAACAUUAUGCAAGUCAGUAUUCAUGAAAGAUAUGAUCACACUGU